UUACCCAGCGGGAGACUCUUCCACGCUGCAGCUGUUAUCUCAGAUGCCAUGUACAUCUUUGGUGGCACAGUGGACAAUAAUAUUAGAAGUGGAGAAAUGUACAGGUUCCAGUUUUCUUGUUACCCUAAAUGCACUCUACAUGAGGAUUAUGGACGGCUGUGGGAAAACAGGCAGUUCAGUGACUUGGAGUUUGUUUUGGGUGAGAAGGAAUGGCGUGUCCGAGGGCACACUGCCAUUGUGACUGCUCGCUGCCAGUGGCUGAAGAAGAAAAUCAUGCAGGCCAGGGAGAGGCUGAAACAGAAAUCAAAGCAGGACAUUGAAGAGGAGGGACCUGUGGCAUGUCAGAAGGAGGGGACUGGUGGGAAUGUGAAGCUGUGCCGCCUGCAGCCGCUGCUGGAAGUGCCCAUCCGGGAGGCUGAGGCACAGCCCUUCGAGGUGCUCAUGCAGUUUCUGUACACAGACAAAAUAAAAUACCCUCGCAAAGGUCUUGUGCAGGAUGUGUUGCUUAUUAUGGAUGUCUACAAACUGGCCUUAAACUUCAAGCUCUCCCGGCUGGAGCAGCUCUGCCUGCAGUACAUUGAAGCGUCCGUGGACCUGCGGAACGUGCUCAUUGUCUGUGAAAAUGCCAACAAGCUGCAGCUGGAUCAGCUGAAGGAACAUUGCCUGAACUUUGUAGUGAAGGAGUCACAUUUUAAUCAGGUAAUAAUGAUGAAGGAGUUUGAGCAUCUUUCUUCAUCCCUCAUAGUGGAGAUUGUCCGGAGGAAGCAGCAGCCGCCUGUUCGCACGCACUCGGAUCAGCCGCUCGACAUCGGAACAUCUUUGAUUCAGGACAUGAAGGCUUACCUGGAAGGAGCUGGGACUGAAUUCUGUGAUAUCAUCCUUCUCUUGGACGGGCACCCACGGCCAGCCCAUAAAGCAAUCCUGGCAGCCCGCUCCAGUUACUUUGAAGCCAUGUUCCGUUCCUUCAUGCCAGAGGAUGGGCAAGUGAAUAUCUCUAUAGGUGAAAUGGUCCCCAGCAAGCAAGCAUUCGAGUCCAUGCUUAGAUACAUUUAUUAUGGUGAAGUGAACAUGCCUCCUGAAGACUCCCUCUACCUCUUUGCUGCACCUUACUACUAUGGCUUCUCCAACAACAGACUGCAGGCCUACUGCAAGCAGAACCUAGAAAUGAAUGUCACAGUGGAGAAUGUACUGCAGAUUUUAGAGGCAGCUGACAAGACCCAAGCCCUGGACAUGAAGAGGCACUGCCUGCACAUCAUCGUUCACCAGUUCACCAAGGUCUCCAAGUUGCCAAAUCUGCGCUCCCUGAGCCAGCUCCUCCUCCUCGACAUCAUCGAGUCGUUAGCUAACCACAUUUCAGACAAGCAGUGUGCAGAGCUGGGCUCAGACAUCUGA